ACCUCGUCCACCAUGAGCCUCUCGACGCUUUUCAACGAUUCCAUGUAUUCCGAGGACGACGACGCGCGCUCUGCGAAGGCGCGCGUGGCUCGCAUGGUGCAUGACGCGCAGGCGCAAGCGUGGGCCCAAAGCGUCGGUCUCAGCUUCAUGAACGUGACGUGGGAAGACUGCGCCCGCAGUAAAAACAGCUGCUGGGGCCCCUGCAUCUCCGACAUGACGCUCAUCGUCGAGAAGACGCGCAUGCCGGUCCUCCGCGUGCCCAACUUUGCAGACCCGAUCAUGAGCAUAUCGACCAGCAAGAUCUUUGUCACGGUCGGGAAUGAGUCGCCGUACAGUAGCGCGCCCCGAAGCACGAUUUCGCUCCAAGAGUACCUCGAAAACAUCACCAAGUACACAGAGCUCGAGCACAGCUUGUUUGCGCCUGCCCACGACGACCACGCAGUGGUGAGCACGCAAGCCAGCUUUUUGCCCAUCGAGAAUGAGACCACUGCGUUCCACGUUGGCUUGUACAACUACCAGUCGACUGCGAACGACCCGGCCGUGCUCGUCUUGGUGUGCACGGCCGCCGGCACAAGUGCUCAAGUCAUGACGGAGCGCGACGCGAUCUUGUACAGCAAUGAGCAGGGUCAAAAGCACACGUUUGUGGCCGAGCGCUUGUCGACACACCGCGCCAAGCGGGGCGUCACAUCGAAAGGCGCCAUGACGGCGCGCGAAGAGGCGUGCAACUACGUCAUGAUCGUUCAAAUUCCGCUCCAGCAAAAGCCGCCUCCGCCGCGUCGCCAGUACAGCAACUUGGCGUGCUACCACUGUGAAGAAGAAGAGUGCGAAUUGGGUAGUUUUGAGUCGACGUUCGAGCGGCCCGACGUGGAAGAGGCCAUGGUGAGCCUCGGCGACGCCCUCGGGCCGUUCCCAAAGCUGAGCCAGUUCAGCAAGGUGACCCGCGACGCGCGGUACCCGAUUCGCGUGACGAUCCAGUUCUACCAAGCGACGAGCAACGGCGUCGUGACGCGCGAGAUCGUCGAGCGUCUCUGCGACCGCAUGGAGCAAGUCAAGGCCAACGCUACGUGGUGGGGCUCCCUUGUGUGCAAAGGCGGCUCGUUCUUUGGUGGCGGCAGUGACUACUAG